UUUAAAGCUCAAUCAUCUUAUACAAGUCAGCUCCUCAAGGAAAAUAAUUCUAAUGUUAUUCCUCUGUACAUUUUGCUUUCAGGAACUUUUUUUUCUUCUUCACNUUCCACCACCCUCGCGAUGCCGCCCCCGGACCCGAUCCGGUGCGACCCAGCCAGCUGCACCCUCGACAACUCGUACGGCGCCUGGCCCGACCGUGAGCCCUGCCGGGCCUCCGCCGCCGCCUACCCCGCCACCGAGGACGAGCUCCGGUCGGCCGUCGCCUACGCCGUCCGCAACGGGAUCCGGGCCAAGCCCGUCUCCGGGUUCUCCCACACCAUACCCCGGUUCGCGUGCCCAUCGGGCCGGAACGGGCCGGGCUCGCUGUUAAUCAGCACGGCCCGGCUCAUCUCAGUGGAUGUAGACCCCCGUAGCCAGACGGCGACGGCGGGAUCCGGGGUCGGGCUCCGGGCACUGGUGGAUCGUCUGGCGGAGGAGGGGCUGAGCCUGGCGGCGGGGCCGUACUGGGAGGGGGCGAGCGCCGGCGGGGCGGCGGCCACGGGGUCCCACGGGAGCUCGUGGUGGGGGAGGGGCGGCGCGUUGCACGACCACGUGGUCGGCGUGCGGCUGGUGGCGGCGGCCGGCGGGGAGGAGGGCUACGCGAGGGUGCUCGACCUGAGGGCCGGCGACCCGCUCUUCGAGGCGGCGAGGGUGUCGCUCGGAACUCUUGGCGUCGUCUCUAAGGUUACAUUCGCGUUAGAACACGGGUUUAAAAGAAGCAUCACGUACAACUUCAAGAACGAUGAUGGUAUCGAGGACGAGUUCAUGGAGCACGCCAAGAAAAACGAAUUUGGCGACAUCCAAUGGUACCCGUCAAGACGUAUUGCAGUUUACAGAUACGACAAUCGUCUUCCUUUGAACGCAUCCGGAGAUGGAAUCAAUGACUUUAUAGGAUUUCAAUCAAAUCCCACCAUUGCAACCCAAACAAUUCGAGCUUCGGAAAAAGCCGCUGAAAAAACCCGAGACGCGAAGGCCAAAUGCCUACUUGCGACCUCCUUCCUCGCGUACAAGAAAUUAACGGCCAACGGCCUCAAAAACAACAAACUAAUCUUCACCGGCUACCCGGUCAUCGGUCACCAAGCCCAAAUGCAAACCUCGGGCUCGUGCCUAUAUUCUCCUGAGACAAUCAAGUCCGCCGCGUGCCCUUGGGACCCGAGAAUCAACGGCCUAUUCUUCUUCGAGUCGACCGCCAUAUUCCAACCUUCGAAAUUCGCCAACUUCAUACGCGACGUGAGAAAACUUCGCGACCUAAAUCCCAACAGCUUUUGCGGCCUCGACAUGUACAACGGUCUAUUGGUACGCUUCGUGAAGAAAUCCACGGCCUACUUAGGGCAAGACGAGGACUCGGUUGCGGUCGAUUUCAACUACUUCAGGGCAGACAGAAAGUCGACCCCGAGGUUGAAUCAAGACGUUUACGAAGAAAUCGAGCAAAUGGCGUUCUUCAAGUAUGGGGCCAAACCUCAUUGGGCCAAGAAUAGGAACGUCGCGUUUAUUGAUGUGAGGAGAAAAUACGCGGGCUUCGGCAAGUUUUUGAAGGCUAAGAAAAUGCUCGACCCGGAAAAUGUGUUCUCAGGCGGGUGGUCGGAUGAGAUAUUGUUCGGGGAAAAUGGGUUUUUGGAGAGUAGUGAUGGGUGUGCUUUGGAAGGUGGGUGUGUUUGCUCCGAGGAUAGGCAUUGUAGCCCUAAGGAUGGGUAUUUUUGCAGGCGUGGGCUUGUUUAUGGUGAGGCUCGGGUUUGUAGAUAUUCUUCUUCAUCAACGGACUAAAGGAAAGGUUAAGUGUGUGUGUGAGAUUGUGUGUGUAGAAUAAAGAUUGAUUAGAUAUGUAUUUUGGAUAUGUUGUGCGAGAUUAAUUAUAGUAUUGUUUUAGGGACUACAAGAGUGGUCAAAUUUGGAAGUGUCUGUAGAUGUGAAUUUUGACUUUGAUUUGACUUAGAAAGAAAAGAUUAUGG